CUUGCAGGGGUCACCUCUGUCCCCCGGGGGAGGUUAUGAAGCUCACUAAAGCCCAGUACGAAGAGGUGGUUCAGUUCCUGGCUCAGGUACCGCCUACCAGGCAGACCCUGAGGAAACUGAAGGAAAAAUUCCCCAGUCAAUCGCAGUCCACUCUGCUGAGCAUCUUCUCCCAGGAGUACCAGAAAUUAAUCAAAAGAACGCAUGCAAAACAUCAUACUCCAGAGGCAACUGACACUUAUUAUCAAAGAUAUCUGAAAGGUGUGUCUAAAAAUGCAGCUUCUCCUGUAUUAUUGGAACUGGCAAAUGAGGUGGAUUUUGCCCCAUCACUUAUGGCUCGAAUUGUGUUAGAAAGAUUUCUACAAGAACAAGAUGGAUCAGUACCUUCAAAAACUCUCAUAAACAGUCUGCUUCGGGAUCCUUCUCAGAUUCCAGAUGGAGUCUUAGCCAAUCAGGUCUAUCAGUGCAUUGUGAAUGACUACUGUUAUGGACCAUUGGUGGACUGCAUCAAACAUGCAAUUGGAUAUGAGCAUGAAGUCUUACUGCAAGAAAUGCUUCUGAAAAGAAACAUAUCAUUUUUAGCUGAAGAUCAGUUACGUGCAAAGGGUUAUGACAAAACACCAGACUUCAUAUUAGAAGUGCCAAUUGCUGUAGAAGGUCACAUCAUUCAUUGGAUUGAAAGCAAAGCCUCUUUUGGUGAUGAAUGCAGCCAUCAAGCAUACUUAAAUGACCAAUUUUGGAGCUACUGGAACAGAUUUGGUCCCGGAUUAGUGAUCUAUUGGUAUGGAUUUAUCGAGGAACUUGACUGUCAUCGCAACCGGGGUAUCUUGCUCAAAGACUGUUUCCCUACUGACAUUGCUGUCCUUUGAGGAAGAAUGGCUGAGCCAUGAAGGUGGAAAAGACAAAUCUGGAAUUUUCCUGAAGUAUAAACUACUGGCAACAUCUGUCCUGAACUUCAGCUGAACUCUUACUGGCUGGGAUCGCCCUACCACCUCUUUAGACAAACACGUCAAGAGCCUCUGUUUUACUUCAACCCCCUGCUGAUGCAAGCAGCCAAAAAAUACCGACACAGCCCAAACAUUAUCAGCAUUUCUGCCUCUGUCAAACAGUUUAUAGAUAGCUGUAAUCUUUCUUCCUUCCGGAUGGCUUCUCUUUGCACUUUCAACAAAAGAAGAAAUGUGGAGGUCAAAAGGUGUGGUUUUUUAGUUUUCCUCCCUAUAGCAGAGUCACCUUAAAAAAAGAAAAUGUCUUCAGUCCCCCAAAAAUUUCUUGGUAAAUGUUAAAAAUCUUGCAAAUACAAAGGUAAUUAAUGUCAAUCUCCAUUUUCCCAGGCUCAUUUUGGGCCAAAACAGGGUAAAAAAGAAAGUCCCUCAUCGGUGCUUUGUUCUAAGCAUGAAUUUCUAGGCUUUUCUUGGUAUUAGGCAAAACAGUUGACACUCCUAUAACUAUCUAGUGUUGUUGAAAGUGGAAACAUAAAACUGUAGAAAUGCUUUAUCUUCAAACAAAAAGCUUUCCAUAUUGUUUCUUGAAUUAAAACGGAGGCAUGUUUUUAUGGAUUGUAGAAGAUGUAAAGGACAUUUUAAUGCAGAUGUUUUAAAGCAAAAUAAAGUGGGUCAUUGUUUGAGUCUUGA